CACAACAUUCACCAAAGUCAUGCGUGUUCAUCACAAGACAUAGUCUAGAGAACUUCUGAAUGCACCCAGAAACAAAGAUGAACUGGUUAUCGAUCUAUGCAUUUCUUUUUUUCUUCUUUAUUUUUGAGAAAUGUCAGACUGACUCCCAUUCCUGUGGGUAUCCCCCAUCCCUAUGGUGUAGCAGUUUGGAAAUCGCAGUGGAAUGUGGGGUUCUGAAACAGUGUAUGGAGCUAAAUGCCACCAGGCCUGUUCCAUCUUCCCCUCCUGUAGAGGUAUCUGUGUACUAUGAAAGCUUCUGUCCAGGUUGUAGAACUUUCCUGACCGGUCAACUUUUCCCUACCUGGACAAUGCUCGGAGAUAUCAUGAGGGUACAUCUAGUGCCCUAUGGCAAUGCAAAGGAAUUUCCUGAACAGAAUUUGUUUUCAUGCCAGCACGGCAAGCUGGAAUGCCAAGCUAACAUGAUUGAGGCUUGCAUUCUGAAUGUCACUGGCCAUGCAGCGUUUCCAGUUAUUUACUGCAUGGAGUCUUCAUCAGAUGUGAUAAAUGCAGCUCAGCCUUGUCUGCAGUUGUAUGCCCCAUCUGUGGAAUGGGGGACUGUAGAAUCGUGUAUGAGAGGAGGUCUCGGACAUCGUCUCAUGCAUGAGAACGCCCUGAAGACUCAAGCUCUCAGACCACAACACACCCAUGUCCCUUGGGUCACAUUCAAUGGGUUAUACAGGGAUGACUGGGAAGAUAAGGCAAUGUCUACUCUCUUUAACCUCAUCUGCAAGUUGUAUAAAGGAAUCAAGCCACCUACCUGCACUGGAGCUCCGACGAAACUGGAUCAAAGCUUUUGUUACAGCUUUUUUUAAUGUGUACCAAUGCAGUUGGUUACUCCUUCUAAGCCUAGAUAAAGGAAACCUAGGUUAAUCUUUACAUGUAUGAUAUGAGUUAUGUGCUUCUUAAAAAAUGUUUACUUCAUAUUAGAAGUGUUAUAGCUUAAAAUAACUUAACACAACACUUCCUAUUACUUUCUGUUCCAUCACAAUAUUUUACUGAAACAUAACUUAGUAUAAAUGCAACUAAUAUCCGCAUAAGCACAAUACAUUAAAAAGGAGUGAACUCUAUAGAGGCCUGGUUUUGCUUCAUAGAAAUAAUUCUAUACUAAACCAAUUACGCAAGUCCUGUUAUAGAGAAGAUUAUAAUAAUUAUAACAAAUAUAAUUACAGUAAUCAAAAGCUUACUUAUAAUUAUUUAUGAAAAAAAUGAUAUGUAUACAGAACAAAAUGCACUGUUUUUAUGCCACUCUUUAUAUUGAAACCAAUCGUCAUACAAAUGUGACCCCUUCAAGUGAAUACUUUUAUUAGCUGAAAUGUUCGUAGAUUGUUGUUAGACUGGACCAUUACAGUUUAUAUUUCAGUCACACAAAUGUUAACUCUUAAAAAUGCAUCAGGCAGGAUUUGUCAAAAUUGGUCAAGCUCAUCUCUCUAAAGAUUAAAUAGGCAAGUAAGA